AUGAAAGCAAAUGAGGAGUGUAUUUUAAAUUAUAAAAAGAAAUGUAAAGCUGCCUGGAACAUAGUUAAAAGUGAGAUAAACAUGGAGAAAGAAGAAAUCAGUAACCCAAUUAAUUGCAACAUUCUCAACAAACACUUCAUAAAUUCAAUAAAUGCCCAUGUACCAAAAAAUAUAAAUAACUCAGUAAACAAGUUGAACAACUCUAGAACAGAAGACUACUACGGACUCAGUAACUUUGUAAUAAAGGCUAUAAUUAAGGAAAUUAGAACUCCUCUACUCUACCUUGUAAAUAAAAUCCUUGAUGAUGGCAUUUCCCCUGAUUGCCUUAAAAUUACGGUUACACUCCCCAUAUACAAAAAUGGUGACAGAGAAAUUCCAUAUAACUAUAGACGAAUAUCAGUUGUCCCUAUACUGGCCAAAAUCAUAGAGAGCUGCUCACACACAUAG